UUAAGAUAUAAAUUUUGCGAAGAAUGUAUAAAACGUUUAUUUUACCUUUAAGCUUCAACGAACAAUCAACUGUAAAAAUGAAAUUGGUAGUGCUACUGUGUUUACUGGGGAUCGUGUACGCAGUACCAGCCCCAUCUUUCUUGGAUAGUGUAAGUGACUGCUAUGACAACGAGGACAAAUUUUUGCGAUUUGACAACUUUAGAAGAGAUUAUUAUAAUAGUCAGAGAAUUGCUUACAGAUUUGGGUUUGAACAAUUAGACGGCACGAAGCAAGAACAAGAAGGCCAAUUUAUAAACAAAGGUGGAGAUGACUUUCUAUCCGUUAAUGGCUUUUACUCGUAUAUUGGCAGCGACGGUGUGAGGUACACUACUAAAUACAAAGCCGAUGACAAUGGAUACCAGCCUGUGAUAGAACAGGGCCCUGGAGGAAGUGUUCCCGAUGCUGUAGUCGCAUCUAUGCUUGGAUAAAUAAAAAUUAAAUUAGUAGAUAAGUGUCAUAAAAUUAUAAAUGAUUUUUAUAUUUUUUCAUUUUUAAAGUAAUCAAAAAAAUCUUUCACCUAAAAGAAGAAUGAAAUUUGCUUUUAUUUUUUCACUUUUCACUGUUGAAUUUUAGAACAUACCUAAAUCUUUUAAAACAAAAUAGAGAAAUUUCCUUACAUCGAAAUAAACUGUUUUAUUAUAAAA